AUGCUUCGGUUCAUUGUGUCUAUCAACAACACAUCCGAUGGUCCGUGCGACUUCCGAAUAAUGGAUUACGAGAAUGGGGUACUCAAAACUAAACAAAUGUACCUUAGGCAGUCGCGAGACUCUAUCGAAGAAAUCACGGCAUUAUGUUACCUAAAACCUGGGCAAAAUUGGGAUUUUGAUACCAGCAUUCAGAGCACAGACCAAAAUGAUACUUCCGACUAUUUACUUGUGGGUCGUGGUGACGGUUUUAUCGAAGUCUUCACAGAUGUACAGGCCAAAUCAACAAAAAAUUCCGUCCUUGAACCGAGUUGGGUUUUGACAUGUGGCGUUGCGCCAGAGAAUUUUGAGACGGAUGGCCAAUCGCCAGUUUUGACAAUUGAAUAUAGUUGCGGACUACUGUACUGCGUCGCGGAAAGUGGGCUAGUGAGUGUUUUCAUCUUGAAUUUGCCCAGAAAUUACAUCAAAACGGAAUGUGUUAUAAACGCUAAAGAUCUUGAUGACAAGCACUGCCCUAAACCAUUUUCAACACCAAACAGUGAAGGACAGCCUGUCGAAGACGCUAAGUUUUUGAAGGAAAUCGAGUUCUCGGGCAGAACGCAACAUAAACACAUCUUCAACUUUUUAGCACCUGCUCAUGGCAAGUACCGGGAUUAUCAAGCGGAAAUAUACGCCGACGUUCCAUGCUUUCAACCUUCUUUUUCGUUUGAAUUAGGUUCAGGUAUCACUUACUUUCGUAUUAAUCCGAUCAACGUUUUGAGCUUCAUAGCGACUGGACCAAGUAUCGGGCUAAAAAUUCACAAGAUAAUUAUCACAAAUGCGUACCUCAUAUACUUAAAUUACUUGAAGUGUUCCAUUGAAAACGCUUCUGGAUCAGCCCAGGCAGAUUAUUGGAAAAUGUGUGGCCUAACAGAUUGUGGCAACGAAGAGACUGACCCCUCUAUUGAGUGGGAUCUAUUGCGCACGAUCUUCAAAGCACAGUUGUCUAACUGCAGCAUAUUUGAACAAGAAGAAGUAUUUAACUCAAAUCUGAGGGCAAGGGGUGGAGUACCGGAGCUAAAAUAUUAUACCUGCUGGAAACAAAAAUCUUCAUCUCACUACAGAGACAAUAACGACGUCGUGAAGUGCCCAGGGGACGACAUAAGCGGUGCAUCCAGUGGUUGUAAAAUCUUAAGAAACGCGUUAGUGCAGCCUGGGAGGAAAAUCUGUCGCAAUCAACGCUCUUGGAGGACGUUUUUGAAAAAUGAUGACGCAGCCGCGCCGAGAAAUAGAAAAUCUCGAUUCUCCUGCGAUUCGUGCAUUGAUCAAAAGCGUUUAGAUGCGAAUUUCUUUCCGACAGCUUUCGAGUUUGCCAAUUCAAAUCCCGAAGAUGGAACCUACGGGGAUGCUACUGAAGAAUCUGCGAUUAGUAGAGAAGAAAAAGCUUCUUCGAAUUCAUUUCUAACAGUUGCAUACCACAAUUUCGAGAUUUUGGCAGUCAACAAAUGUCUCACGUUUACAGCACAUCGUCCCAAAUUUGGAGCAAACCCUUACUUGGAAAUCAUACGUUUUCGCGAUGCAGAGUCGCUUGCGACCACAGAACCGCAAAUAGAAAACAUGGGUGUUUCCCACAACAUCUCACAAAACUCUUUUCCAUUUCAACGCGUGUUCGUAAUUGAUGAAUCAUUAUGUCUCUUUCUAAACGCCGAUGGUUUGGUGUUAGUGGAUCGAAUUAGGUUAAGAAACUUGGAUAUUGACACACAAAACAGCUUUGAGUUCAUCAAAGUUAUAGAUUUCUACUUGGGGCUGGUUAAGGAUGCGACGAUAUUGAUAAAAGAAUGUCGCGCUUGCCAAGGGUGCGGUAAAUGUCAAGGAGACGUUUCACUAAGUGUUGAGAUUGUCGCUACUUGUGAGACAGGUCAUAUUUUACUACUGGGCGCAGAAUUUUAUAUGCACAGCAGGCUCGGUAGACUUCAGGUAUUGGAUUGCUUAUUUCUAACGUUGCCAAAAAGGAAAUUGGGCAAAUUGUGUUUGAUGGGACAAUUAGAUGCCCCUACAAGGAAAAGGCAUACCGAAUCCAAAGAGGAUACUGCUUUGAUCAAAAGGGCUAGGAGGGCCGACCACCGCAGAAAUAGUAACAGCUAA